GCGUUGCGCCCGCAAUACAUUCCCCUCAAACCCCCGACGAUACGCACGAGAGAGAGAGAAGAGAGAGAGAGAUAGAGAGAGAUGGGGAUGUUGGGGACGGUGGUGGCAUAUCCGGAGGAGGUGUACCCGCUGGUGAAGCUGAAGCUGGCGGCAGAUCGGAUACGGCGGCAGAUCCCGGCGGAGCCACACUGGGCCUUCUCCUACUCCAUGCUCCAGAAGGUCUCCCGCAGUUUCGCCCUCGUCAUCCAGCAGCUCGGCCCGCAGCUCCGCAAUGCUGUUUGUGUUUUCUAUCUAGUUCUCAGAGCUCUGGAUACUGUUGAGGAUGAUACUAGCAUACCUUCUGACAUCAAAGUGCCGAUUCUACAGAAUUUCUAUCGCCACAUAUAUGAUUGUGAAUGGCAUUUUUCAUGUGGUACAAAGGACUAUAAAGUUCUGAUGGAUAAACUUCAUCUUGUCUCAACUGCUUUCUUGGAGCUGGAAAGAAGUUAUCAAGAGGCAAUUGAAGAUAUUACCAAGAGAAUGGGUGCAGGAAUGGCAAAGUUCAUAUGCAAGGAGGUAGAGACAACCGAUGAUUAUGAUGAAUAUUGUCACUAUGUAGCAGGACUGGUUGGGUUAGGACUGUCUAAACUUUUUCAUGCUUCUGGUUCAGAAGAACUUGCUCCGGAUAACCUGUCCAAUUCCAUGGGUUUGUUUCUUCAGAAAACAAAUAUUAUUCGGGAUUAUCUGGAGGAUAUAAAUGAGAUUCCAAAGUCACGCAUGUUUUGGCCUCACCAAAUCUGGAGCAAAUAUGCCAAUAAGCUUGAGGAUUUCAAAUAUGUUGAAAACUCAACUAAGGCAGUGCAAUGCUUGAAUGACUUGGUAACUAAUGCUUUGAUCCAUGCCGAAGAUUGCUUGCAAUAUAUGUCAGGUUUAAAAGAUCUCUCUAUCUUUCGCUUUGCAGCAAUUCCACAGAUUAUGGCAAUUGGAACCCUAGCUUUAUGCUACAACAAUGUGGAGGUUUUCAGAGGAGUUGUAAAGAUGAGACGUGGACUAACAGCUAAGGUUAUUGACCAGACAUACUCUAUGUCAGAUGUAUAUGGUGCUUUUUAUGAAUUUUCUUCUUUGCUGAAAUCAAAGAUUGACAAUAAUGAUCCAAAUGCCAGUUUAACACAUCAGCGUGUAGAUGCCAUACAAAAGACCUGCAUAUCUUCUGGGUUGCUUAGCAAAAGGAGUUUGCAUGUAUACGAGAGCAAAUUCCACUAUGUUACGUUGCUGAUUAUGGUGGUCUUCCUCCUAGUGGCUAUGUUAAUUCCUUUCGUACUGCACAAAUGAUCCCUCUGUGUAAGGAUCAUUGUGAAAGGAUUCAUUUGAGGGUUCUAUGUUUGCCGAUGGCUUGUGUUUGUGCCGAGGUGCUCUUGUUUAAGCUAGUGUGGGUUUGACAUUUUCUUGCCAUGAAGAUAACUGACCCAAUUAGCGUAUGUGUUUUGUAGGAGCAAGUGAAGAUCCAUUGUAAUUUGAAACCAUAUAGGUAGAUAAGGAUAAACAAACAAUUUCCACCCUGAUAUGAACCAAGUAAAUGCAAAGAUUUUGGAUGGAUAUAUUUGAAUGAUGAACUAGUGCAACAAAUUCUUUUUCU